CCAGCCGGAGGUUUCCUUUCAUUUUUGAGGAAUGUUCUUCUUAGGUCGAUGCCAACCUAAGAACCUUUCUUUUCUCAUGUGUGCGAAUGUGGGUGUGUGUGUGCACGCGCGCGUGAGUAUGUGCUCGAGAGAUUUGCACAGUCAUGGCGCUCAAACAAAUCCCUCCCCUCCGGAUUGUGACAAGUCUUAUUGUGGCGUCUUCCUCCUCAAGCAAGCAGGUCCACAACAGCACUACUCAGGACACUUUCAGCUCUUUUAGGACAACAUUUUAAGACCUUUGCAACUACAAAACGCAGCGUGAGGUUUCUCGACAUUUUGGACUUUUCGUCAAGCAGAUGUUUGCUGAGAGUUUGAACGAGGGAAUCUGCUUUGAUGGUCCAGGACAACUUGCAGAGAAGCAUCGCAAGAGAAGAUUCCAAGCCGGGAAGCCUCUUGUGACAGCCUGGCUUGGUCAUAACGGAACGGGACAUCGGAUCAUGUUCUGCAAUGUUUGCUGAUGCGGUUGUGACGUUGAGAUCUGUCAGCCAUGUUGGAUCCUGGAUGUGCGCAAGAGGACUUAAGCCUGUUUAGCAGCCAACAUGCUUUAAUUCACUCACAAACACAUGACCUUAACUUAAGUCUUUUUCCUCCGACAUCAGUGGAGAGUUAAGCUGUGUAUGUGUGUGUACUUUUAUGGAACAAUGGAGGAUAUUUGGACAUUCCCACCAAUUAAUUAAAAAACAUCAAGACUUAUGGGAUAAAUCGCAACUUUACUACAAUCUGGACCAGCCCUCUAUUCCACAAUGCAGUGUUCAUUGAGAAAGAAAACGCUAGGACGUGGUUCGGACUUCUCGGCCAUCGCCGUCCCCUCCAUGCACGGGUCCGGGUACCUGGACUACACGGUGGAAAGCCACGCCUCCAAAUCCCUGCAUCUUAUGGACGAGUUCCGAAGGCAAGAGAUGCUGUGCGACCUGGUGCUGCACGUCACGCACAAGGAGAAGAGCAUGGACUUUAAGGUGCACAAGGUGGUCCUGGCUUCUUGCAGCCCCUACUUCAGAGCCAUGUUUACCAGCAGUUUCAAGGAGUGUCACGCCUCUGAGGUCACCCUGCGUGAUGUCUGCCCUCAGGUGGUGGGAAGGCUCAUUGACUUUGCCUACACGUCCCACAUCAUCGUGGGGGAAAAGUGCGUGCUGCAUGUCCUUUUGGGUGCCAUGAGGUUCCAGAUGGAGGAUGUAGCCAAGGCGUGCUGUGACUACCUCACCAAGCACCUGGAGUCGUCCAACGUCAUUGGCAUCACUCGCUUCGCAGAGGAGAUCGGAUGCGUCGAGCUGUACAAGCAAGGCCGGGAGUACAUCAACACACACUUCAGUGAGGUGACCAAAGAAGACGAAUUCUUCAGUCUGUCUCAUUGCCAGCUGCUGGAGCUCAUCAGUCAGGACAGCAUCAAGGUGCUCUGUGAGUCGGAGGUCUAUAAAGCGUGUACAGACUGGGUCCGCUGGGAUAUGGAGAAUCGAGCCCAGUACCUCCACGCUCUCCUGAAUGCCGUCCACAUCUAUGCUCUGCCUCCCAAGUUCUUAAAAAACCAGCUCCUGUCAUGCCCCAUCCUUAGCAAGGCCAACGCUUGCAAGGACUUCCUCUCGAAGAUCUUCCAGGAAAUGACGUUGAGGAAGGUUACUCCAGCUCCCAUACGUGGAACACAGCUCAUCUAUGUGGCUGGCGGUUACCGGCAGCAUUCCUUGGCAACCAUGGAGGCGUUCGACCCCCGCAGGAAAGUGUGGAUAAAGCUGGCUGACAUGGCCGCCCCCAGCAGUGGCCUGGCAGCGUGCUCCCUUUUCGGGCUCCUCUACACUGUGGGUGGCAGGAACCUCUCGUUGGAGAACAACACAGAGUCCGACAUGCUGUGCUGCUACAACCCCAUGACUAACCAGUGGAGCCAGCGCGCCCCCCUUAACACACCCCGCAACCGGCUCGGGGUGGCCGUGGUGGACGGCUGCAUCUAUGCCGUGGGCGGCUCCCAGGGCUCCACGCUGCACAACACCGUGGAGAGGUGGGAUCCGGAGUCCAAUCGCUGGUCCUAUGUGUGCCCCAUGUCGGUGGCCCGCAUGGGGUCAGGGGUGGCGGCCUGCGGGGGGGCCCUCUAUGUGGUGGGUGGGCUGGAUGGACCUAACCGCUCCAAUGCGACGGAGAAAUACCAACCUGACACUAACACCUGGCACCAGCUGGCACCCAUGACCACUGUACGCAGCGGACUAGGGUUGGUGUGCGUCAACUCUUACCUGUAUGCCAUUGGAGGCUACGACGGACACCACCCGCUGGCCACCGUGGAACGCUACAACAUAGCCAGGAACAUGUGGGAGCCCAAGGCGGCCAUGCAGAGCUGCAGGAGCGCACACAGCGUGGCUGUGCACCAGGGGCGCAUCUUUGUGCUCGGAGGCUUCAACCAGCAUGACUUCCUGUCUAGCGUGGAGUGUUACUGCCCCGAAAAGAACGAAUGGAUGUAUGUCACGGAAAUGUCGAUUGGGCGCAGCGGCAUGGGCGUGGCUGUCACCAUGGAGCCCUGUCCCGGCAGCCUUCCGGACCAAGAAGAAGACGACGACGAGCAGGACGCCACAAACUGAUGAAGGACGAACACACAGAGGCUCCUCUUGGCGGUGUAUGGAAGAGAAACAUGGUGGCCCUUUUUAAUGUAGAAUAUCACAGGCGGACUUUGGCAUGGAAAAGGACACCAAAGACAUUUACUCAGCGGUGGAAACCAAGGUGCUACAAUUACCACAAACCCAUACUAUUUACUAUUUAAUUCAUUUUGAAAAACAUUGUCUUAUUGCAUUUCUACCUCUCUAGCUUCCCCCGCCCCUGGACACGCACCCUCUAAAGCACUUUCUUUAUGCCCUUACCGUGCUGUGCCAGCAUACUUUUCAUAUUUACCUGAUAUCCCCGGUCUUACUUUGAGACAUUAAGAAAUAUCAACACAAAUGUUCAUUGUUUUUUCUAAAGUAAAUUUAUUAUUUUUUAAUCUAUCCAAAUAAAUUAUUAUUGAAUUGUUUUUAAAAAUAUAUAUAUAUUCAAUAAAAUAGUAGCCCUGAUUGUAUUAGACCAGGGCUGAGCAGUCUGGAACAUAUUCUACAAAUACUGUUAAACAAGAAAAUGGGAAAUAAAAUACCAGUAAUUCUACAAGAACAACAUUAAAACUUUCAGAGAAUUAUUACAAAAAUGUUGUAAUAACAUGGGAACAAAAAAGCAACACUAUACUUACUUAAGAUUAUUACCAGCCUUAAAGAAUUAAAAUGAAUUUGCAAUUUAAAGAAAAAAAAACUUUUUGAAAAGUUGUAAUAUUAUGACAAACAAAGACAAAAUGUGAGAAAAUUAGGUUGUGAAAAAUAUAAUAAAACAUAAACAAUUAUAUUGCAACAGUCAAGUCAUAACAUUAUGAGAAAGGAACAUGUUUGUCAAAUUAAAAACUACAAAAAUGCCCCCCCCCCCCAAAAAAACGAGCCAAAAAAAAGUCAAAAAGUAGAUUUUUCACCUGUACCAUAAUAUGACAGGCAGGCUGUUUUUUCUUGAAAUGUAUUGAAAUGGCCCGUCCAGCUUUCAUUGGUCUGCAUGUGGCCAUCAUGGAAGACGUUUGGACACCCCUGUAUUCGACCGUUUCCUUUGUGUGCUGCUUCUGAAGUUUACAUGAUGAAAUGAUUCAUUCCUAAUUGGUCAAACUUGAGUCACUAAAUUGAUUUGUUGUUUUUGUUGAUGAAUGCGUAUCUUGUCGUCUGAAAUGUCACCAAGUGAUAAAAGACUAAGAUGAAUAUAUUAAUGCUGAUGGAAAAUACAUAUUCAAUUUUUUUUUACUUUAUAUAACUGGAUUUAAUUGUAUAAUAUAAGUAUUUUUAUGAACUUUUACAGUCUUUUUCCACAUUUCCACCUGAAAGCUACCUAUGUAACAAUAACGUUUUAUAAUGCAUGGAUCAAUGAGGGCUUAACGGUAGUAGUGUAAUAGCACACAGCCACCACUAGGUGGUGCAAGACGUCCAAAAACUGCAUUUUCAGUUUCUACUGGAGCAUCCUUGCAGCACAACUCCUUAAUGUUGACAUGAAGGAAGUCAUUUAAAAAGGGUGGGAGUGUGUUGACAUUGAGACAGUAAAUCCAUACUUGGAAUAAUAAUUAGGCCUUUGCUAACAUGUUGAUGUGACAGUGUUAGUCUUCAAGAGGACCUGAGCUCCUCGAGGCCUCACUUGGCUGUUUAUGGUCUGUUAUUGUGUGAUUGUAGCCAAAUGUUUGACAAAUGCUGGACAAACACAAAGAGCGCUGAGAUCCGUCCUUAUUGACGCAGAAACCUGUUGAGCAAAGAGCAGAUUGGCGUCACUGUGAUGCGUUCAGGCUCCAGCAAGUGAGAUGCAUGACUCACUAUUUCUUUGGCAAUUUGAGUGACGCAAUUACCUCAGAGGUCCCUUUUUUUUUUUUUAAAUCUCUUGUCACAUACACAUAUCGUGGUGCGAGUUCUUGCAGAUAUUGGACCAUCCGCUCCCUGAGAUCAGUUUGUUAUGCUACUACAAGCGGAGGAGGAACACAAAAAGAGGCAAAAGGAAGCGUUUGCAUGCAUAGGGAUGUGACUAAGUUCAAUUGAGAUAGAAAUUUUCCGUUCAAGAGUCAAGCUGCGGACACCAUUCAACUUUGAGUAGUCCAAAUAGUGCAGGUCAAAAUAGAACUUAACCGCUAUUGUUAAUAAAAUGUAAACACAAUAAAACAGUCAUAACUUUAUACUGAUGAGUUACGUCAUAUGCAAGCUAGUAACACUUUGCAAUAAGGUACACAAAGUAACAGUAGUUAUUGAGGAACGAACCUACUAACCACUAUACACGUUUAGUUCCUCAGGAACUACUGUAUUUUUGUGUACGUCAUAGUAAAGUGAGACGCUAUGGCUAUAUGAACAGCAAACCUACCAAAAGAAAGAUUAGACUUCCAUCUUUCAUGAGGAAAAAAAAAAAUUCCAGCUUUUUCCGCAGUAGAACAUAAGCAGGUUUCAGGAAAAUAUCAGUUCCUGACUAAAAUGGGAGAAAACACAAAAAGGGUUGCUUUACAUCAAAAAUAGUUUAUUUACAAACCAUAAACUAUUGAUAGUUUUCACGUUUGUAAUUGUUUUCACGUUGCGUAACUUCCUCCACGUUCUUCAACUUCCUCCUUCCUGUCAUUUAUGUUUUUUUGCACAAUGCACUUUUGCCACAUUGAGGCCAUUUUUCUGGCUUAAAACUGCUCCAAGAGUUACAUCCAUUAGGCAACUUUUUUUCUCCGGCAAAAAAUUGUAAAAGACAUAUAAAUACAUUUUUGGCAUUGAAUGAGUUCACUUGGAAGAAUCUGCUUAUCCGCAAAAAAAAGUACAAGUUAAUACUAGAGGCCGUCAUGCAUGACAGCGGUUCUAAAGGUUUUGUGUGACUUUAGAGGCGUAUUUUUCCUCUGAAAAUGUAAUGAAAAUGUCAAAAUUGAGAAUGUGUUUCAUAUCCUGUUCUGUGGUUAUCAUCACAGUUUUUACUUUUUCGCGUCCCAUUAAAACGCGCGCCCAAAAAGAAGCACAACACAUUUCCAGUUAGUCUGAUCUCAUCUGAUAUUUGGCGUUUAGGUUCCAGUUCCUGUUCUAUGGUUGUCAUCACAUUGUUGUCUUUGUCAACCAUCUGUGGUGGUAUCACAGAAAGAUACCAAAAUAGCGGUUGACAUGCACGUCCAGUCGUGUGCGGUUCAGCCUUCCGACGCUCACUGAGAUUUGCUGACAUCUUGCGUGGUCAUAUUUUUGAGGCAUAUUUGCCUUGCUUAUUGUUAUCAGCACACA